UCUAAAUCAAAUGAGUUGGAAUUGUACGUUACUUGUCCGCUUUUUAGGUGCGUUGACUUUUUGAUGCUUCUUCAUUGGCCUAUUUAUGGAUUACAUAAGAAAGAGAGAAAAUUUCAAGAACGUAUCGCCUUCGUGAGUGAACAGUGAAAGGAGACGACGAUUCACAAUGGGUAAUAAGGGAAAUCUGAUCUUCUUAUGGGCUCUGCUGGUUGCAGUCAUCGCCAUGGCCACGGAGCAUCGUUCCGUUGAGCGAGCUAAGGGCAUCAACGGUCUCGACAAGAUCAUCGUCCGCGACCGUCGUGGCCGAUCUGUCGAGGUUUACUUGUAUGGAGGUCAAGUGACUUCUUGGAAGAAUGAGAAAGGAGAGGAUCUACUUUUUAUGAGUAGUAAGGCAAUAUUCGAGCCUCCAACAGCGAUUCGUGGAGGAAUUCCAGUAUUGUUUCCUCAAUACAGUAACACUGGUCCACUUCCAGGACAUGGAUUUGUUAGAAAUAGGUUCUGGAAAAUUGAUGCUCAUCCACCACCUUUGCCAUCACAUCCUUCUUCUAAUGCUCUAGUUGACCUGAUCCUAAGAUCAUCCCAAGAUGAUUUCAAGAUCUGGCCUCAUAAGUUUGUAUAUAGACUGAGAGUAUCAUUGGGACAUGGAGGAGAUUUGACGUUGACAUCUCGUGUUAAGAAUACUGAUGUAAAGCCGUUUAACUUCACAACUGGUUUUCACCCCUAUUUCUCUGUUUCCGAUAUCAGUGAAAUCCAGGUGGAAGGAUUGCAUAAUUUGGAUUAUCUUGACCAACAAAAGAACAGAACACGCUUCACUGAUCAUGGCAAAGUUAUAACUUUUGAUUCCCAGCUUGACAGGCUAUACCUAAGCGCUCCAAAUAAAAUCAGAAUCGUGGACCACAAGAAAAAGAAGACAAUUGUGGUACACAAAGAAGGGCUAGUUGAUGCUGUGGUGUGGAAUCCAUGGGACAAGAAAGUGUCCGAUUUGGGAGUUGAAGAUUAUAGGCGUUUUGUUGCUGUGGAACCCGUGGCUGUGGCGAAACCCAUCACAUUGAAACCCGGUCAAGAGUGGAAAGGAAUAGUCCAAGUGUCUGUGGCUCCUUCUCGCCACUCCAGAAGAAAGCUACUCCAAGUGUCUGCGCUUCCUUCUCGUUGCUCCAGAGGAAAGCUUGGCCCCCAAAAAUGCCUUCCUCAUACUUAAAACUUGAAACUGUCCUUAAAAAAAAGUGUAUCUUUAUAUUCCUUGGAACAUCAGAUGGUGAGUUAUUCGGCAUCCAAACCGGACCUGACCAGUUGUUGUUUAUUUUGAACUUAAUAUUCGUGGAUCCUGUAAAAGUGUUUUAAUGGCAUACAAUCUAUUGGAUUUAAUGACAUACACAAUCUAUUACCAAUCCAUCUCUUUAAUUUUA